AUGGAUCCUCAAUUCUCCGAGAUGUUCUAUCCGGUCGACGUUUCUUCAUACCCCCCGGACUACUCCCGCCUGCCCUUUUAUAAUGACUCCGUCCUCUUCGAUUCCGACUACAAGCCCUCAAAUUUUACUUCUAUGCCUGCUACUCCUCCAUCCGUCUCCGCGUCACACUUAGACCCUCAAAUUCCUACUGGCUCUGCGGCUUCGGGCCCUUCUAUCGCCAGCGCACCUUCAUCCGCAAUCGGAUCUCCAUACUCGGGCCACCAGGCCUUCCAAGAUCAGUGGGUUAGCACGGGGAACGGUCUUGGCCUUCCGGCGGCGGUGAUGGACCAUUAUUUCCCCAAUGACUAUACCGGGCGUCCCACGGAGAUCGACGGACUCUACCAUGAAAAGUUGCCGUUGCCAUAUACCACUGUUGGUACGUACUCGAUCGCCAAUGUCGAUUUGAGAUCUGCACUAACCAAGGAUCAAGCUCCCUAUCUGAUCCAACCGGUACAAGAUGGUCCCGAAUUCACUCCCACCAUCUCAUAUCCUGAACAAAUCAACUCCACUUAUUCUACCGUCCCGCACAACUUUCUCCCUCACUCUCCCGCCGCUUCCCCUGUUCCAUACAGCGACAAUGUGGAGCCCCAGCCGUCGCCAUCUCUCCCCGUACCGCAACAUUCGCCCAUGAUGAUGCCCAUGUCGCACUCGCGACCGGUUUCGGUCUACGACCGAAGAUCUUCCAUUUCCUCCAUUCAUUCCCGCCGUUCACAGCAAAGUCCCACCCUGAGCAGUAUUGAGGCGGAAGAUGAUGUCAAGGAGAAGGGCCGAUGCCCUUAUCCCGAUUGCGGCCGAGUUUUCAAGGACCUGAAGGCUCACAGGCUCACUCACUUGUCCGAGCGACCAGAGAAGUGCCCCAUCACGAACUGCGAGUACCACAUCAAGGGUUUCGCGCGCAAGUACGACAAGAACCGUCACACAUUGACCCACUACAAAGGGACAAUGGUGUGCGGUUUCUGCCCGGGUUCCGGCUCUCCCGCAGAGAAGAGCUUUAACCGCGCCGACGUCUUCAAGCGCCACUUGACUUCCGUCCACGGAGUCGAGCAGACACCGCCGAACUGCCGCAAGCGCAGCCCGUCUUCCUCUAAGAAGGGUACCAACUACAGCCCCGAUGCUACUGGCAAGUGCUCGACUUGCUCGGUGACAUUUAGCAAUGCCCAGGACUUCUACGAGCAUCUGGACGACUGCGUCUUGCGUGUGGUGCAGCAGGAAGAGCCCUCAGAAGCAAUCAACCAGCAGCGACUCGCCGAAGUCGCCGCAGACGAAGAGGUGAAGAAAACGAUGGAGAAACAUCAGCUGCUCGACACGGCCGGACCCGUCGACUAUGAUGAUAACGAUUCCCACGAUGAUGACGAUACCCACGACCUUGCCAACUGGUGCGCUGGCCGUUCCAAAAAGGCCAAUGUCCCCAGUUCACGCCCGAUCAUUGGUACCGGCAAUGCUGUGUCCAAGAACACCGCGAACAAGGGUCGCGCCGUCGCAACCCGCCGUCGUAACAACCGCGGCAAUUACCCGCAGUCCUGGGGCUGUCCCAACAGCAGCAUGAAGACCAAGAAGCGCGUGCUGUGCGUCUUUGACGGCCAGCGCCGCCUGUGGAAGGACGAGAUGAUGCUCAACAACGAGUUCGAAGUACGUCUGCGUCUUCCAGGUGGUGGAGGCGAUGGCACGAACCGCGAUGCCUAUGUCACAGACCUGGACGUUGAGACGAUGAAGCGCGCCGAAGGCGUCCUCAGCGCGAACGAGGAAGAGCGCGGACGCUGGAUGGACGGACCCUCGCCUCACCUCAUGGGCCAGCCGGCAGUUAUAUUGCCUGAGCUGUGCUCGCAGAACGAUGAAAUUUCCAUCAACGAGCUCAUGGCAUGA